AUGGCGUACUCUCCCUCGCUGGAAACUGCACUGGCCGUCGUCAAGCAUCAGAGCAUGCAGACGGAGAAGUGUCUCGCCAAGAAACAACUGAUGGACGCCCUCAAACACUGCUCCAUCAUGCUAGCUGAACUCAGGAACCCGAAACUGAAACCAAAACAGUACUACGAACUAUACUCCAUGGUGUUUGACUCCCUCUCGAACUUGUCUCUCUAUCUCGUGGAGAAUCAUCCAAGAUUCCAUCAUCUCGCAGACCUUUACGAAUUGGUUCAAUACGCAGGCAACAUCGUCCCCCGAUUAUAUCUAAUGAUCACGGUAGGGACCAGCUAUUUGCAAUGUCAGGACUCGCCCAGAGAGGAAAUAUUGAAGGAUAUGAUAGAGAUGUGUCAAGGAGUACAAAACCCCAUUAGAGGUCUCUUCUUAAGAUAUUAUCUAUCACAAACUUGUAAAGAAUUACUUCCAGCUGAUGAUCCUGAAUUUAACUGUCAUUUCAUAAUAAUGAACUUUAUUGAAAUGAACAAAUUGUGGGUCAGAUUGCAACAUCAGGGCCCUUUAAGGGAAAGGGAACAGCGAACUAAAGAACGCAAGGAAUUGCAAAUUCUGAUUGGAUCACAGCUGGUUAGGUUGUCUCAGAUUGUAGAUGAUGAUUGGCAAUUGUAUAAAGAUCGUGUUCUACCUAAUCUUUUGGAGCAGAUCGUACAAUGCAGAGAUUUGGUAUGUCAGGAAUAUCUCUUGGAUAUCCUGUUCCAAGUGUUCCCAGAUAAUUUCCAUUUGAAAUCUUUGAAAGUGCUCUUGAAGGCUCUUUCUCGAUUGGUACCGGAUGUUUCCAUCGAUACUUUGUUGGAAACUUUGAUUGAUAGAUUAAAUGGGUAUGUGGAAAGGAAACAAUUGGAAGGCAGUGCGUCAGAUAGUGACGAUAUACUGAAAGAUAAAGAUUUAUUUCAAAUAUUUGCCACAUUUAUCAAUAAAUUGAAUGAAGAAAGACCUGAUUUACCCCUUCAAAGGUUUAUAGGACUAAUAGAAAGUUUAUUAAAUCUUUCAUUGAAAUGGUAUUCAGAUUCUUAUGAGAAUUUGAAUAAAUGUUUCUCCCUAGCGGUGACGAAAUAUAACGAAUAUGACAAGACCAUCCCAUCAGAAUUUGAGUAUUUGUUUCUCGAUUUACUCACUCUGAAAAAGAUAAAAAGCUUUAAUGAAAGGGAUCUCGAUUUGGAUUCCUCAUUUUACUUCCAAUUAAUUACCCAAUGCGAAUCUUAUCGUCAAUUGAUCUUGAUUCAGAAACUACCGCUUCAAAAAACUAUUAUUAAUAAAUUAUUAGACAUACUAAUAACUGGAUUCUCAUCCACUGACGUUAAAAAUUUCCCACAAAUUGAAUCAAAGGCUCAAUUACAAAAUUUACUAGCCAUAUGUGAACCAAUUAUUAAAUUAAAAGAAAGAAAAACAAUACCAGCUACAAAACGACAUUCAGCAACUUUGAAAGAUUUUACUAAAAACUCCAAUAUUAAUAAUAAUGGUAAUGAUAAUAAUGACGUUGAUGCAGAUACAGAAGAUGAGGAUAGCGACCUAAUUGAUGAAGAUACGGAAAUGUGGAUGCUAAACUCUAGUCAAGAGAAAAUUACUAAAUUUUGUCAUUCUCUAAUAUUAUCACUAAGUCAAUCAUCCACCAUGAAAUCCGUUGAAACACAAAUGGAAUCCAUUUCAAUAAUACGAACUUUAUUACUUAAAGGGGGUAAAAAUAUUAAAUACACAUUUCCAGCAAUGAUUACCAAUUAUUGGCGAUUGAUUAGAAGAGCACAUAGACUAAAGGCAUAUCUGAAAACAAAUACGCAAUAUUAUGACAAUUUAAUUAAAAAAACGUUUAAAUCCAUUUCUAGAUGUAUGAAUGAUUUGUUCAAUCAAUGUGGGAAUACAUUCCUUGAUUCCAUUUAUAAACUAAAUUUACAAAGUGCAUCAUUAGCAGAUCAAUUAUCAUUACCAGAAAUAGCAUAUGAUUUCUUCACUCAGGCAUUCACUGUUUACGAAGAAUCAUUAAGUGACUCAAAGACUCAAUUUCAGGCACUUGUCUUUAUGUCACAAACUUUACAAAAGACAAGAUCCCUGUAUAAAGACUCAUACUAUGACUCCCUAAUUGUACGAUGUACUUUACAUGGAUCUAAACUAUUGAAAAGACAAGAUCAAUGUAGAGCAAUAUAUCUCUGUUCACAUCUAUGGUGGGCUACAGAAAUUACAUCAAUAGGUGAAGAAGAGGGUGUCACACAUGAUUUCCAUAGAGAUGGUAAAAGAGUCUUGGAAUGUUUACAACGAUCAUUGAGAGCCGCUGACUCCAUUAUGGACAACAUACAAAGUUGUGAAUUAAUGAUAGAAAUUUUGAAUAGAUGUCUUUAUUAUUUUAUUCAUGGUGACGAAUCUAAAACAUUUAUUACUGUAAAGUACAUUAAUGGAUUAAUUGAACUUAUUAAGACAAACUUGAAGACACUUCGACUGGACAAAGAGGAGGAGGAAAAUAACAUGGACAGUACUGAUGCUCAAGAAAGAAGGCUUACCACCUAUGCCUUUGGACAAGAUGGCUCCUGUAUUCAUUUGAGUAAUUUGAAGGGAAUACCAUCCACAGUUUCUAAUAAGAUAACUUCUACAAAUAUUGCGGAUAUGAUUGAUAUUCCAGCUCAAAAUUUUGAGAGAACUUGCGGAUAUGUCAUAAAGCAAACAGAGAUUGAUGAUAGGUUUAAAGUAAUAGUUAUAUAG